UCUCAUAUCAAUAAAAGAGUCUUUGAAAUUUCAUACUGAUUCUGAAAUGGAAUUAUCACUGAAAUCCAUUGCAGUCUCCAUAGUUUUGGUUACAGUAGUAACAUUGGCAUGGAGAGUGCUGAACUGGGUAUGGUUGAGGCCAAAGAGGCUGGAGAGAUACCUGAGACAGCAAGGUCUCUUGGGUAAACCUUACAGGCUUCUCUACGGAGACUUGAAGGAGGCCUCAAUGAUGCUAGAACAAACAAAAUCCAGAUCCUUCACUGUCUCUGAUGACAGUACACCACGUAUUGUUCCAUUCCUCCAUCAAGUGGUAAAGGAUUAUGGUAAAAAUUCUUUUAUAUGGAUUGGUCCAAUACCCAGGGUGACCAUCAUGAAUCCUGAUCAACUAAAAGUAAUAUUUUCCAGGCUUAGUGAUUUUCAUAAACCUCGGGCGAACCCACUUGCCAAGUAUCUUGCAACUGGACUUUUUGAGUAUGAAGGGGAGAAGUGGACCAAACAGAGAAGGAUUAUCAAUCCAGCAUUCCAUCUCGACAAGUUGAAGCUUAUGUUACCUGAAUUCUAUCAAGUUUGUACUGAGAUGAUUAGCAAAUGGGAGAAAUUGGUCUCUGAAGAAGGAUCAUGUGAAUUGGAUGUAUGGCCCUUCCUUGCAAAUUUGACAGGUGAUGUGAUUUCUAAAACAGCAUUUGGAAGCAACUUCGAAGAAGGAAGAAGGAUAUUCCAACUCCUGACAGAAUUAGGUGAUCUUAUAACAGAAGUAUUACAAUCGGUUUACAUUCCAGGAUGGAGGUUUUUACCUACUAAGAGGAAUAGGAGAUUGAAGGAACUUGACAUGGAAAUCCGAGCUUUACUUCUGGGUAUCAUAAAAAAUAGAGAGAAGGCAAGGGAAGCAGGUGAAGCUGCAAAGAAUGACUUAUUAGGUAUACUCAUGGAAUCAAAUUUUAGAGAAAUUGAAGAACAUGGAAACAACAAAAAUGUUGGAAUGAGUAUAGAUGAAGUGAUUAAAGAGUGUAAGCUAUUUUACUUUGCUGGUCAAGAGACUACCUCCGUUCUGCUUGUUUGGACUAUGGUUUUACUGAGUAAACAUCAAGAUUGGCAAGCUCGUGCAAGAGAAGAGAUUUUCCUAGUAUUUGGUGAUAAGAAACCUAGCUAUGAUGAACUGAAUCACUUGAAAGUUGUCACAAUGAUACUAUAUGAGGUACUCAGGUUAUACCCUCCAGUAGUUGCUGUUGAUCGAGCUGUUAACGAAGAACUAAAACUUGGGAACUUGUCACUACCUGCUGGAGUUGAGGUCACAACCCCAAUUAUCUUGGUUCACCAUGAUCAGGAACUUUGGGGUGAAGAUGCAAUGGAGUUUAAACCAGAGAGGUUUUCAGAAGGAAUUUCAAAGGCGACAGAAAAUCAAGUUUCAUUCAUCCCUUUCGGAUGGGGUCCUCGGAUAUGCAUUGGACAAAACUUUGCUCUCAUGGAAGCAAAAAUGGCUUUGGCUCUAAUCAUGAAAAACUUCACAUUUGAGUUAUCUCCAUCUUACGUGCAUGCUCCUCAUACAGUUAUUACUCUUCAUCCGGAAAACGGUGCCUGCUUAAUCUUGAGGAAACUAUAGUGUGAAACUGCCAAUUGUAGACAAAUAAGAUUGACAUUAUAUUGUUAAAAGAAAAUAAAGUUAUUACAUUUUAUAGCGCAAAGCAAGUAUCGCUUUGGCCCUAUAAUUUUAAAUAUCAA